AUAUUUUUAAGUUAGAUUCAUUUAUUCUUUCCACAAUGACGACGGGGAAAACAGGGAUUUAUCAUUGGAAGCUGGGCGACAUUUCCCGGGCGAGAAUUUGUAAGAAAGUUUACGCAAACGUGCAAGUAGUGAAAAACGAUGAUGGAUUGUUUUAUGACGACAAAGUUCUAGGCAUAUCAGCCAAUGAAGAUGGGUCCAUAACAGUGACAGAAGAACUAUGCUACUAUGUGGAGACUUGCAAAACCAAGAACAGGUUCUGGCUACCAUACACCUGCAUGUUCUUGGCAGAAAGAUCUAGACCUUUCUAUGGGCCUGCAUACAAGAGUCCUAAAAUAAUCACUCCAGUGCCUAAAACACCUUCGGUUCCUAGGAAGAGAAAAAUAAAAGAAGAUUUAACAGUACCUCUAAACGUUAAACUAAACCCAUACAGAGAACCAGACCUGAACACCACGUAUGACGCAAUCCAUACUCCUUUAAAACAAGGCAGAUACGAGAACGCAUUCAAAGAAUUCAUCCGUCGAGGGAAAGAAUCUCUCUUCGAUGAGUACUAUGAAUACUUACAACGUGACAUAGACACGAACAGAGAUUGUCUGGAUUUCUUGAUGAACGUGGACGCAAGUACAGAAGACAAGUUUGAAAUGGUGAUAAAAAAUAUAAUGUCGGAGAAAGAAAUAGAGAAUUAUUUGCAUCAGUGCUGGCGAUACAAUUUUGUUCAUAAGCAUGUUGACAGUAAUAAGGAUAACUCUGAUAGUUCUAAUGCAACAUCACCAGUAAAGCCAGUCAUCACACUGCAUACACCAUGGUGCCUUGUGUGUGGCAAGGGGGAGCGACUCCGAGAGUGCCCCAACUGUCCCUCUGCGUUCCACCUUGCUUGUAGAAGAGAAUGGCUGGUCACUGUUAUACAUCGUAAGAACCCACCAAAGAAAGCCAACAAGCCAGUGACGCUGGUGGAGAAGAUAUUGUCCAGCACCCGCACUAUAUGUUCUGUGCGCAGAGAGAAGGAGAACAUUGAGCUAUGUCCUAGCUGCAUGUGGGGACCGAGAGUUGGUUACGACGACGUAGUCUGGCACAAGCUGGGCCCGUGCCCGUGGUGGCCGGCGCGGGUGCUGACUCCGGGAUCCACGCCCUCCUGUCUGCUCGCCAGGAACCACUCGCCGCAUCACUGGCCGCUCAAGUAUUAUGGCACACUAAACCACGCAUGGGGCGAGUUGUCCCGCAUGAGCCUGUUCCUGCCCGCGCACUCGCACCAAGCGCCAAGAGACGAGAUGCUGGCUAAGGCCAUACUCGACGCCUGCGACGAUUAUAUUGCUGUAUACCUUACUUAGGUAAGGUAAUAACUAAAUGUUAAAAAAACAUAGAACUAAAACAAAAAACAUAUUUUUAGGUACUCCAUAGUACAUAGUACUCCAUACUUCAUAGGUAGACUGGAAGCCGACCCCAACAUAGUUGGGAAAAAGGCUCAGAUACUAUUUUAGUAGAUACUUUAUCAAGGUAAACAGUCUUCAUAGAACUUUUUACAUAAAUACACAACAAUAUUAAACAAAUAAAGUAGAUACUUACUGCAUUCAAUCUAAAACCCAUGAAAGAAAUACGACUGCUUAAAAUAAUGAUUCUAUUGCUUAAUUAAUGUUUCAGUUUCAUUAUUAUAUUGACAGAGAUUUUUAGCCACAUUUUAUUUUCAAACUGAGUUUUUAUAUAAAAUGUCGUAUUACAUUGUUUACUUUAAGUUAAGUGCCUACUUUAUUGUAGUAACUAAUAUAUUUUAGAUACUACCUACCCAGGUAUUUAAGGGUAAAAAACACUACCUACUUAUUUAUAAUCAUCGGCAGGGAUAUUGAGCCCUGACCUUCACCUGCGCAAAAGUGAUUUAUUGGUUUAUAGCCUUAUGUGUACAGUGCGCAAAGCGAUCCCCACUCUUCCGCCGAGAGCUCACUAUCCGUGCCGAUAACUAUACCUAUUUUUUUUACAAUUUGACAAAUUUAUGAGCGUAAUUAAUUUAUCCGACUUCAAGUCACGUAAUUUGAUUUGCAUGUUAUCAUAAUCUGACAUGUGCGUUAAGGUUUAACACUAUCAUUUUAUAAUAUCACUUAAUUGAUAUUUAAUGGAUGCAUCAUCAUUCAUAUUUUUUUUAUCGAAGCGGAUUCUUGCGAAAAGUACCUAGUAGUAGGUACCUAUUUUUUAUACCUAUGUUUUAUACUCUAGCAAAAAUAAUUGUUUUUUUUUUGUUUGAAAUUUUAAUUUAAAAUUAGUUUUUGUAAGGUUUACCAAAGAUUACCAUAAAAUCUUACCUAAGAUUAGAAUAAGUUUGAAAUAAUUUUGAAGCUUUAAUUAUUUCCUAGUUUUUUAGUCUAAAAGACUGAAUAUAUGUUUAAGUGAAUAACACACUUAAAUUUUAUUACUUUAAUUCACUGAAUAAAAUUCAGAAUAUGACGAAUUUUUUGACGAACUCUAUAAUAAUCAUGUAUCUUUAAUUUUAAGACUAUUUGAAAUUGAUGUUUCGUCGACAAUUUUGAAUGAGCAUGCAUAAGAUUAUUUUUUGUUGUUGUUGCACCAUUUGACUAUAAUGAUAACCGAACCAUUUUCAUUUGGCAAAUCGCUGAUUUGACCAAUAGGCGGCAAGUAAACAUCUAGUUAUGGUUUGGUUAUUGUCAUAGUUAAAAGAUGUAACUGAUCCUUAGUACUAAAUUCUCGACAUGUAAACUUUAUCAUGGUGACUUUUAGCUAAGUAUACCGAUUAAGGUAUCAUAACAUUUUAUCUUCCAUAAAUUAAAUUCCAAGAUAAUACUGUCACGACAAAGAUAAUUUAAAUCGAAAAACGUUUAAAAAUCGUUCAAUCAUAAUUUGGCAGCUGCUGAUAAUUUCGUUUUAUUUAUAACUGAUUGUAAAGUCACAAAUAAAAUCAAUAAUCAUUUAAUUUAGAUUAAGAUGAAAGUGUUAUUUUAUUUAAUCAAUAAAUUACUGAUUAGUGACGUCUGUAUUUUCCUGGUAAAUUACG